AUGAGUAGUAUAUAUAUCAAAGGGGUUUUUAACCUUAUUGUGAUUCUUGCAGCAAACAUCACAUAUUCUGAGAGAUUGUUGUCAGAGGCUGGUAAUGCAGAAGACAAGUAUUUAGUGAACUUGAAGCCUGUUGAAGACAUUUUUCAGUGCUGUGGUGCAACACACGAAACACGUAAUCGCUACCCGGAUUGCUUUACAGUAAUAUCCGAUUGGUUGGAAUCUACUGGAGAAGCUAUUAUCGUAAUCGAUGUCUUUUUGCUAAUUAUAGAACUGUUUGCAUUAAUUUCUACAUGUAUACUUUGUAAGGCAUUCCGUUAUGAGCGACCAUAUUAUUAUGCGUAA